AUGGAGCCGACCGACAAGCCUACCGGAGUUCAACUUGCCUGGCCCAUCAAGCAAUCCUCGCGGCCUCCAACGCCAGCCAGAACCUCGCAGGCGGAGGUCCCAAAGGGAGAACAGAGCAGCGCCAAGAGACGGAAAACCUCAGACAUUUGGAACCACUUCACCAAGACCAACGAUGGCACGACUACCAAGGCGAUUUGUUUGAGUUGUGGCUCUACCCUGUCGGCUCAAAGCAGCGCCGGAACAAAUCACCUAUGGCGACAUCACCACCGCUGCAAAGCAGAGCCACGCCAAUCAUUGCUGAUACCGAGGCAAUCUGUAUCCCAGCUUGAUCGUAUGCCACGGUUCAACCAGGACGCCAUCCGGGAAUCCUUGGCAAAGAUGAUAGUUGCUCUCCAGUUCCCAUUUUCGAUGGUCGAAGAUCAAUCUUUUCGGGAAUUUGUCGCGCCUUUACAGCCCAAGUUUAAGAUGAUCGACCAAGCCACAUUGCAAGAAGAUUGUAUGAACUUGCACAAGAAACGGAAAGCAGUGAUCGCCAAACAGCUUGAUGAGCAGCACGGUAAAAUCGCGCUCACCGUCGAACGAUGGUCAUGUCAAUAUACGUCCUCCUACCUCAAAAUAUCUGCUCAGUACAUCAAUCCCGACUGGAAGCUUAUCAACAGAACUAUCGGAUUUCGAUUAUUGCCCGAGCCCAUUGAUGAGAAUGUUAUUGUCGAGUGUAUCACCAACGUCUUGGAAGACUGGAAACUCGUUAAUAAGUGUGGAUCAAUCACGGCUGAAAGCUCAAUCUCGACCGAUCGUGCAGUGAAAAAAAUCCGCGAGAUUCUCCAUGAACGCCAAAUACUAGAGCCGGGAGAAGGCUACUUCCACAUGGGAUGCGGGGCGGCGGCGAUUAAGCAAAUCGCGCAGGAUGCUUUCAAGACAACCCAAGAGGUCAUCACCAAACUCCGACAGGUCGUACGCCUGGUCACAUAUUCGGAUGCGAGCGAGGAAUCGUUUAAGGAGGUCGCCAUUAACUGUGGACUGCCGUUAACCAACAUCCCUUCCCGCGACAUCGUCGAUAGAUGGGAUUCUACUUAUUCAAUGAUCUCAGAUGCUCUCAAUUUCCAACGGGCCUUCGAGCAUCUUCAAGCUACUAAACCUGAAUAUCUUGACGGCCCAACUGCAACAGAAUGGCUACAUCUUGAAACUAUCAAAGAUGCACUCGAAGUCUUUCAUGAUGCUGCCGGCAGCUUAUCCAGCACUGAUUCACCGAGCGCAAACAGGUCUUAUCUGAGUAUGAAGAAGAUUGAAAGGUACCUGAGUAAACCAGAACACUAUGAAAACAAUCACUCGAUCAACAUCAUCUCUCCCAUGGCUAACGCUUUUGAGAAGUAUUGGGGUACAAUUCAAGAGUUCUCGGAGAUUGCUUCGAUCUUGGACCCCCGUCUGAAACUUCAAUAUCUUGAAUUCUCCUUGGUCAAACAACAUGGAGCCGCAGUGAUUCAAGAAAAAUUGGCAAUAGCAAAAAACCGUUUAUCCACGAUGUUCCAAACCUAUUUGCCUGGCAACCCCGCGGUUGAGUGUGAUUUGAAGACAAACGAUGCGAAGGCGCAGGGGAAGAAUGUAGAUGACGACAUAGAUGAGUUCCAGAAAUAUCUGGCAGGGACGACGAUGAUCCAGACGCCCUAUGGAAUCUUGAACCUGAAUGUUUAG